AGUAUUUUCGUCAUGAAUUCAUUUUAGUUAGAUUUGUGUUACCCGCUAAAAUUCCAAUACAUAAAUACACACGCUCACACUUGAGGAAGAGAAAACAUUUCAAAGGUCAGACCUAAUUAAAAGGAAUCAUAUUAACAAAAAAUCAAAUAAACAAAAUUUGCAGUUAUAUAAAACCAAAAACGUUUAACCAUACAAAUAUCGAUCUUUCCCUUGUGUGAGUGAGUGUAUUGAAAAAAAGACAACAAAAAAAAAAAAUAUUUAGAAAACGAACAUUUAGACAAAAUGACUAAAACUAAAAGUCAGAAAAAGAAGGCAGCCGCCGCAAAAAACAACAAUAACAAUAAAACCGAUGGUAGCUGCACUCCGCCAAAUAUGUUGACCCCAACGGGAACGCCUCCUUUAAAAAACGGAAUCAAGGCUCCUGGCACAUACGCCAAUGGAAUGCUUGGGAAGCCGCCGGUGCCGUGGGAGCGCGAGUUCAUCGGAUCAUUUCUGUUGGACUUGGCCGAACGCCAGGUGAUCAGUGCCCAAACGGAGUGGUACGUGGAGAAGUCCAAGAUGCGGCAGCUGUUCGACGCCCAUUUGGGGGCCCAGCCCAACUGCACUGAGCUCCGCCUGAAGCUAUCCAUUAACGGAGCCUGGAAUAUUGGAUCUCUGCUGCAUAGGACCAACUUUUUGGUCAACACGCCGCGGGGAAACAAUAAUUACCGCAUUAGGAGCUUCUCCUUGAUGGACUUUCGGAAGGAGAAGUUUAAUUUGUUCGACGAACAGCUUCGCCUUGUGCAAUCCGCGGUCAAGACCAUUGUUAUUGAAGCUCCUGUGGAAGGCAAUAAACCCAUAACCGAAGAAUAUAAACUCGAUAUGAAGGCAACGGCUACGCUUCUGAAAUACCAAAAAACCCAGGCGCAGGAACCGGGAAAGGACUUUGAGCUUAAUUCCUUGGGCUGCUAUAUCUGCCAGGUGAACUUUGACACGAUUGAGAAGUACGAGGACCAUGUGGAGUUCCAUGGAGAUGAGUCCGACUUUAUGUCGCUUACAAAGAUGCUCAAGUUUGUCUCGCCGAUGCUGACCCUCUCUUAUCAGACCUGCUUGGAAAGCCACUACUUUGGAUUCACCCUGAAGACCAAUUGCAAGGAUAUGGUGGUGGACAAGUUCAUCAUAGUGCAGUCGCGGCAGUUUUACUACGUGAACAAUGCCCGUAUGCCGUUGAAGGUGCCGGAGAGCGGGGAACUGGUAUUCUUUGUGGACUCGCACGUCUUCAUGAUUCUCCGGGAGCAGCCCAUCGUGAUCGGGUUCACCAGCCAGGGCCAAAGAUACGUGGAGCAACACCAUUUUAUGCGUACGGAGGCGCUACCCAAGGCCAGCUUUAACAUCAAUCCAUAUCGUCUGUCCAACAAGGAGACCUUCAAGAGCCAGGGACUUCCACCGGCCAAUCCACCCACCCAGGUGGUUACAGCCCUGAAGCACGAGGAUGCCCAGGUGCGGCUGGCGGACUUUGACAAGCACUAUCGCAACUACUGCGAAUUGGGCAAGGAGAUCACCCAGGAGAACAUCGGGGGCACUCUGCGCACUCUGCUCCAGGUGGAGGACAUCGAAAGGCUGCAGCAUUAUUUGGGCCUAAAGCAGUCCAAAGUGGAGCUGCAUCAGUUUGGCCGGGAGCUCUCGGUGAAGCUUUCCUUGGGCGCAAACAAAAUGAGUGGGGAGGAUGUCCUGUCGCCAGGCGAUGACGUCUUGAUCAUCAACGAAAAAGGCAACCCAGAAUCGGGUGUACGUCAGCAAUUGGAGAACAACCACCGAGUGCUGGAAUUGGCUCUCAAGGAUUUCGAUUCGAUUGUGCAGUGGGCUCGCGGUAUAGACGAGCAAUUUGGAUCGCUGGACAAGCAACCGCGUGUCUACUUUGCUCGGGUUCUCGGUGUUUCCACGCAGCGAGUGAACAUCACUUGCGAACGCCAGUUGCCGGACAACACGACCUUCACAUUAAUAUUUCGUCCCGUGCGAGCAGUCAUGCGCUAUCAAUACCGCGCACUUCAGCAGCUCUCCCUCACAAGAGCCAGCGAUGUGCAGAGGAUCCUCUUCCCAGGCGAAGUUCCUCCCCAGUCGAUUGCCUAUAGCAGCUUACAGUUGAACAACCGGCGUAUAGCGAGCAAUCCGGAGCAGUUGCAGGCGGUGCAGCAGAUAGCACUUAGCAAGACUUUACCUGCUCCGUAUAUCGUGUUCGGACCACCGGGAACGGGCAAAACUUCCACCAUUUGCGAGGCCAUCUAUCAGUUAUACGUACGUCGACCGGAAACCCAUAUCCUCGUGCUGGCUGGCUCGAAUACAGCCUGCGACGAGGUGGCUCUCCGGCUGCUCCGGGCAAUCGCCAAAGCUCCGGACAGUCAGCCACGGCCACUUACCCGCAUCUUUGCCGCCAGCUGCGAUCGGCGUAUCGACAAUAUCGAUGAUCUGCUCUUGGAGUACAGCAAUAUGUACGCUCUGCACUUUUAUCCGGCCGUUCAGGCGGUGCAUGAAUACCGCAUUGUAAUCUGCACCCUCAGCUUGGCCGGAAAAUUGUCGACUGGUGGGUUCGCCAAGGGGAAUAUCUUCUCGCAUGUUUUUGUGGACGAAGCGGCUGCCUCCACCGAAGCGGAAGCCUUGAUGGGCAUCACCUGCACCAUUUCGCCCACGACGAAUCUGAUCCUUUCCGGGGAUCACAAGCAACUGGGACCGGUGCUGCAGUCUCAAAGGGCCAACGAAUGGGGUCUGGGUUUGUCGCUUUUCGAACGACUUCUUACGAGGAAGUGCUACAAGGUGGAAGUGGAUGGAAGCUACAAUAAGUCUGUGCAGACGCGCCUCCUCCGUAACUAUCGCUCCCAUCCGGAGAUCGUUUCCUUGUAUAGUGAUCUGUACUAUAGCGGGAAACUUUUGGCUCAGGCGCCCAGGGAAAGUGUUAGUCGCUUUAGAGACUGGUUUCACAUGCCCAAUGCUGAUUUUCCCAUUAUGUUCCACUCGGUAUUCGGCUCUGUAAUGAACUCCAAAGGCUCUGUUAGUCUGUGCAACAAUAAGGAGAUUGACGCGGUUAUGGACUACGUCAAGGACCUUAUGUACUUCGGGCUCAAUGGUGAUCCGGUGCUGCAGACGGACAUUGGCAUCAUAUCGCCGUAUAAGAACCAGUACCAACGCAUCCAAGAACAGCUGAACAUGCGCAACUGGUCGCAGAUCGAUUGCGGAUCCGUUGAGACUUUUCAGGGAAAGGAGAAGCAGGUGAUCAUCGUGUCCUUUGUUCGAUCCUUUACUCCAAAGCUGGGCUUCUUGAACAACGAACGCCGAUUGAACGUUCUGCUUUCGCGUCCGAUGUCACUGCUUAUUCUCAUUGGAAAUCCGAAAACGCUGAGCCAGAACAACGACUUCCGCCGGAUAAUAGAUAUGUGUCGGGACCGUAAGACGUUGGUCGGAUCUCCGUACUAUUGCGACGAUGUCAAUCCGAAUAAGCAAAACGGACAGAGCAAUGCCCGAGGAAAAGCUGCUGUGGAGCAGCCUGCACCCGGCUUGGGUCAUCCCCUAAAGCGAACUCCCAAUGCUAAAAACCCAGCUCAGGCAGUUAAAAUGUGCUACAGCAAGGAUGAGCUGCUCAAGGUGGGCAUUGAGAUUAAGGCCCACAAAUCGGAGGUGGAGCAGUUAUUCGACGAUUUGCCCAAGGUGCCACGCUAUGUGGACCACGAUUCGGAUGCUGUUCGUUUGGUAACGUCCCAGCUAAAUGAUUUGAAACUGAAGGGCAAGGAAAAUGCUGGUGGAUCAGCGACCCCAGUUCUUAGGACACAGCCGACUCCAAAAUCAUCAUUGGGAGCAGUUCAAGCGUCAGCUUCACGAUCUCCAGAAGCCCAGAUGGCUCCGUCUUACAGACCUCCAAUACCCAAGGCCUCGGAACCUCAGCCCAUUCCAUCGUAUCGUCGCGAGCAACGCUUCACCAACGGCGUACCGUGGGGCAUUGAGUUGCCCGAGCCCAGCGCUCCACCGCUGUCACCACCGAAAUCCACCACCACCAGGUCUUCGGCCUAUCAACACAUUCCCAGUGGACACCUAAGGUUCGAGAAUAUGCGUCCCCCUGUGCAGCCGGAGUAUCAGCGCCAGCCGCCCUUCAACGAGCAGCGACGUGCGCCACCAUUUCACGAGCCCCACGGGAGCUGGAACAACUUCGGGUGGUCGCCACCGCCAUCUCCUCCAACGCCUCCGCCGAGGCAGAAGAAGUCCACAUGCAUCAUUUCAUAAUUGUAGCCUCUUCGGAGACUACCAAAAAUAUAUGGGAAUUGAGCGGUUGCUUGGAUUAACAUGCAAUUGUGCGGUUCCCUUUUUGACUUUGCUAUUGGCAUUUGUGCGAUCUGCGAUCAUCCAUGUGCCAAGUAGCAAAAACAACUACCAAAUAGAUUCGCACCUGAUUUGCGACCAAUAGAAGAUCAGGCCAAAGAGAAUGGUGGCCCCAAACUUUUUUCCUGCUUUUCCACUGGUUCGCAUAUAGUUUGCGAAUAUAGUUGAUAUUUGCAAAAGACAUGGAGCUCUCAAAGUGAACACUUUUCGGUUGAAAUUGCCCCAGAUUUUCGAUUUAUGCCAAGGAAGGCAAAUUCCGUAGCACAAAUCGAAAAUAUUGGCCGCGAUUCAGUCUUUAGGUUUGACUUUGGGUGUUUUAAUCCGUAUUUUAAUUUACAGAGUGCGAGAAUCGGUAUUUAACUUUAUACUUGACCGACAGAUAUUAACAUCCCGCACAAUAUAGUUCUGUAAUUUUUCCAUAGAUAUGUAAGACUAUAAUGACUUAAUAAUAAAAGCGUUUUGUAUAAACUGCUUUUCGAUCUGAUUCAGUGCUCAAAUGUCCAUGUAAAGAGAUCAGAUAAAUGCAGAAAAAAUGACUAUGUAUUCCCCGGUUUAUCAGACAAAUAAAUAAAUAAAGAUAAAAUGACUAUAUAUUUCCCGGUUAAUUAAACUUGUAAACAUUUGAUAUAAAUAAAUAUUCAAACAUA